GCCUCCCAUCCAAGUGCUGGGACCGCUUUCCACCCUGCGGGCGAGCUCAGAGAGGCAUGGAGGAGCAGGAGGAGCAGGAAGAGGAGGCAGCAUGGACGAAUCCAGCAUCUUGAGGCGCCGAGGGCUGCAGAAGGAGCUGAGCCUGCCACGCCGAGGGAAGAUUUUGUCACCCGGUAGCCAGAGCCCGACCCUUCUCAGCCCUUGCAGUCCCUGUAGUCCUUUGACCUUGCAUCCCUGGAGCUGCCGAAGCAACAACAGGAAGAGUCUAGUGGUUGGGACUCCUUCGCCUACCCUCUCUCGUCCUUUGUCCCCCCUCUCCGUGCCAACAGCUAGUAGCAGUCCAGUUGAUAGUCCUCGCAACUUCUCCACUGGUGCCUCUGCCAGCUUUCCGUUUGCUCGCAGCCAUGUUCCUCGAACUGACAGGGCUGACGGCCGAAGGUGGUCACUGGCUUCAUUGCCUUCAUCCGGCUAUGGGACUAACACCCCCAGCUCUACUGUUUCGUCAUCAUCUUCCUCCUCUCAGGAGCGUCUCCACCAACUGCCCUACCAACCCACGCCUGAUGAACUGCACUUCCUUUCAAAGCACUUCCGGAGCACUGAGAGCGUUCCAGGAGAAGAUGGACGCCACUCACCAUAUUUUCGUCCUCGGUCCCGCAGCUUGAGCCCUGGGCGGACAAGUGGGACUUUUGACAAUGAGGUUGUAAUGAUGAAUCAUGUAUACAAGGAAAGAUUCCCAAAGGCCACUGCCCAGAUGGAAGAACGCCUGGCAGAGACAAUUGCCACUUUCUCACCCAGUAGCAUUCUGCCUUUGGCUGAUGGUGUUCUGGGAUUCAUCCAUCACCAGAUCAUUGAACUGGCCCGUGACUGCCUCAACAAGUCCCAAGGGGCUCUCAUUACCUCCCGCUAUUUCAUUGAACUGCAGGAGAAGCUGGAGAAAAUGCUAAGAGAUGCUCAGGAGCGCUCUGAGAGCGAGGAGCUGCACUUCAUUGAACAGCUGGUCCGCAAAUUACUGAUCAUCAUUUCCCGGCCAGCUCGGCUGCUAGAGUGCUUGGAGUUUGACCCUGAGGAGUUCUAUCACCUCCUGGAGGCCGCUGAAGGUCAUGCAAAGGUGGGACAAGGAAUCAAAACAGACAUUCCACGUUAUAUCAUCAGUCAGCUGGGACUCGCCAAAGACCCUCUGGAGGAAAUUGUUCAGUUUGAUCAAGUUGACUGCCCUUCCCCUGCAGGACCAGAGCAGCAAGAUGAACCUCCUGAGUCCUCUGCCCCCAUUUCUCGGAGGAAACCCUGUGAAAGCGAUUUUGAAACUAUCAAGUUAAUCAGCAAUGGUGCUUACGGGGCUGUGUAUCUGGUGCGGCACAAGGAGACUCGCCAACGUUUUGCCAUCAAAAAGAUUAACAAGCAGAACCUGGUGCUGCGGAACCAGAUCCAGCAGGUCUUUGUGGAGCGUGAUAUCCUGACUUUUGCUGAGAAUCCUUUUGUGGUCAGCAUGUUCUGCUCCUUCGAAACCAGAUGUCACCUCUGCAUGGUCAUGGAGUAUGUGGAAGGUGGGGAUUGUGCCACACUGCUGAAGAACAUGGGACCUCUGCCUGUGGACAUGGCCCGGAUGUAUUUUGCUGAGACGGUCCUGGCCCUUGAAUACCUCCACAAUUAUGGCAUUGUUCACCGGGACCUCAAACCAGACAACUUGCUCAUCACAUCUAUGGGCCACAUCAAGCUGACCGACUUUGGCCUGUCCAAGAUUGGCUUGAUGAACAUGACCACAAAUCUCUAUGAGGGUCACAUUGAGAAGGACACACGAGAGUUUGUAGAUAAGCAGGUCUGUGGUACUCCUGAGUAUAUUGCUCCAGAAGUAAUCCUGAUCCAAGGGUAUGGCAAGCCAGUGGACUGGUGGGCCAUGGGAAUCAUACUCUAUGAGUUCCUGGUAGGCUGCGUCCCAUUCUUUGGCGACACCCCAGAGGAACUCUUUGGGCAGGUGAUCAGCGAUGAAAUCAUUUGGCCUGAAGGGGAUGAAGCUCUUCCUGCUGAUGCCCAAGAUUUGAUCACACAACUCCUGCGUCACUGCCCUCUGGAGCGGCUGGGCACAGGAGGCGCGCAUGAGGUGAAGCACCAUGCCUUCUUCCGCCAUCUGGAUUGGAAUGGGCUGUUGCGGCAGAAAGCUGAAUUUAUCCCACAGCUGGAGGCUGAAGAUGACACCAGUUACUUUGACACUCGCUCAGAGCGCUAUCGGCACUUGGGCUCCGAUGAUGAGAAAACCAACGAUGAGGAGUCCUGUGUAGAGAUUCGUCAGUUUUCUUCCUGCUCCCAUCGUUUCAGCAAGGUUUACAGCAGCUGUGAAUAUCUGGCCAACCCCUCCACCCUCAACUUCACAUCCUCUGAGCAGGGCCACGGCGAGGACAAGGAAGACAGAGUAGAGCGGGGAGAUCAUAGCUCUGGAGAUGAGGAGAAGAGCCGGCUACCUAAGACUGAGACCAGGCUUCGUGCCUGGACCUCCUGUGGCUCCACAGUCCACUCCUUCCGUCAAGAAUUCAGCCGCAGCCCGGCCAUCUUGAGUAGCACCUGCAGCCUGGAGGCAAUGCCCAGGUGUGCCUUCUCCUCUGAAGACGAGAGCCCCUGCCGGGGGGCUGCCAAAAAGGAGCGCCCGGUGUUUGUCGUCGGGGAUUGUGAGGCGGCAGCACCAAGAGCACCCAGCAAGGGCUCAGCACUGGCGGCUGACUUGGCCAGCUUGAACCGUGUCCGUCUCAGGAGCAACAGCACAGGUACUAAGAGCUCUACCUCACGAGGUCUGGACCGUGAGAGCAGUCAUCGAGGUGGGGGCCACAAGGAUGCUUCAGGGAAGCACCCAAUGUCUUCCAGUGGCAGAGUGCCAAAGUCAGCUUCAGUUUCUGCACUGUCACUUAUCAUCAAUUCAGAUGACUUUAAUGGGGCUGUUCUCAGGAGCCCCAUCUCACCCCGCUCCCUUUCUUCCAAUCCUUCAUCUCGUGAUUCUUCCCCAAGUCGGGACUCCAUGCUUGGUGGCACCAGUCUGCGACCUCCCAUUGUCAUCCACAGCUCAGGGAAGAAGUAUGGCUUCACACUGAGGGCCAUCCGUGUCUACAUGGGCAACAGUGAUGUUUACACUGUGCAUCACAUGGUUUGGAAUGUAGAGGAUGGGAGCCCAGCUCAUGAUGCAGGACUCCGAGCGGGAGAUCUCAUCACUCAUGUGAAUGGGGAGUCGGUCUCUGGCUUGGUUCACAUGGAUGUCGUAGAACUGUUGCUGAAGAGUGGAAACAAGGUAUCGCUGAGGACGACCGCCUUAGAAAACACCAGCAUCAGAGUUGGCCCUGCCCGCAAGAAUAGUUCCAAGACACGGAUGGCCCGUCGGUGUAAGAAGAGUCGCAAACGGGACAGCCAGGACAAAAGGAAAUCCCUGUUCAAGAAGAUCUCAAAGCAAACAUCCGUUUUGCACACCAGCCGCAGCUUUUCCUCUGGGCUCCAUCAUUCUCUCUCAUCCAGCGAGAGCCUUCCUGGAUCCCCAACGCACAGCCCAUCCCCUGGAUCUGUCACUUCUUGCCGCAGCCCUGCCCCAGACUUCGUGCCAGAUUCUGUGUCACCCCAGAGUCCCUCCCCAUCCUCCAGCACCCCCACUUCUCCAGCAGGACAGAUCCGACCAAGUUCCCUACACGGCUUGGCACCAAAGAUCAGCAGUCAUCGCUACAAGGUUGGGCGUCGCAAGUCAACCAGCAGCAUCCCACCCUCCCCCUUGGCCUGCACUCCAUCUUCCGUCCCCCAGCCUCCGUCUCCCCAAAGGUCCCCUUCACCACUUCCAUUGUUUACAAAAAACAUCCAGACAUUCCAAGGCAAGACCUUGUCUCCACCUACAAUUGUCCGUCAAGCGUCCCGGCCUCGCAGUGCAGACAGCUCCCGUUCCCCACUUCUAAAACGAGUCCAAUCAACAGAAAAAAUCCCUACCUGCCUUGCUGAAAAGGUGGUUGGCAGCCGAAAGCUCAUGCUGGAGAUGCCCAUCUUGGGAAACGAAGGUGCCAGGGAGAGCAGCAUGGUCACCCUGGGAGACUCUGGUAUUUCUCGACUUCGGGACUGGUCUGAGGAACGUCAUGAUCGAGACCACGAAGUGGUGGUUAUGCGGCGGCUGAACUUGUCCGAGCGUCGGGACUCUUUCAAGAAGCAGGAAGCAGUCCAGGAGGUGAGCUUUGAUGAGCCAGAAAUUACAUCCAGUGGCGAGGGCCAAGCAGAGAGUAAACCUGUAGGCUGGCGGCGUGGAUCUCAUGCAGCUUCCUGGGUGGAGGACAGGUCUUGCUGCUCAUCUACCCCUGAUCCCCAGCUGCCCCUUGUGCCCCACAUUGCAGUGCAAGGUGAUGAGCCAGCAGGAAUCACAGCAGCAUGGGAAUGCCAGGGAUCAUAUCCCGUCCAGCUGGAGGCCCGGGUCUACACUGAGCAAGAUGAUGGGACAAUGGCCGUUGAGUACAAGAGUGUCUCCUCCCAGCACUGGGGAAAUUGGGAACAGAGGGAGUCUUCGCCCACUCUUGGAGUCACACACAGGACAACCCAUGGGGAAAAGGCAGUGAACUCACCCUCACCUUCCCUGAGAUGGCAAUUACAGGAGAAUUUGGAAAAAUGACUGGAAGACCUAUUAAAGCCACUUUGUCCCUGGCAGACCAAAAGGGGGAACUUGAAAGAAAAUACACCAAUGCCAAGGACUGAGAACUUGGGGAUUCCAUUUUCAUUUUGCUGGUGGGGUCUUUUCUAACUAUUUACCACUUCCUCCUCCUCCCUGGAAAGCACCCUCUGUUCCUCUUCACAGGGCAUGGUCAGUGGUGAUUAAGGCUGGAGAUUAAGGAAAUGCUGCUUUUCUACUAAUUAGAAAGAAAUUCCUAUUUCAGUCAGAUCUGGAGCUACCAGAUUUGGUGCCGAAGUUCCAUUUGGUGCCCUAAGUUCAAGCAUUAAGCUUUCCCAUCUGUGCACUGGGUAUCUCCUGGAGUGAGGAUACUCCCAGAUUCAUAAUCUUUCCCACUGCCCACUUAGCUAAUGCUGACUCUGAGAAAAGGCAAUAAAUUAAAUAGCGAGGGAUAUGAAAUAUCUUUGCUGCCCUGUGUGAGCAGCCUGUUCAUUCAACAGGCAGAAUCUAUUCAUUCUAGGGAGUCCCUUCUCUUGCAUUGAAACUGGUAAAAGGAGGAAUUGUAGCAAUGGUUGGAAAACUCCAAAUCCCAACCCUAUUAAAUCUGUAAACAUUGCAGUGCCUAUGUAUGCUGUUGAUAUCCUAACCUAAUGCCAGCUCUUGUUUUGCCAAUGUUUGAUCAAAAAUUGAGGAGAAAAGCCAAUGGGGUAAACAAGAAAAAAAAAAUUAGUGUGGUCCUAUUCAGUUUAUAUCCAGAAACUUUAAUGUUCAAUUCCACUGUGUUAUCUUUUCUAUCUACAACCCUGAGAUUUUCUUUUGGGGGGUUGUGGGGGUUCCCAUUUCGCUCUAUUAUACUUACUGUGGAAGAAUAAGAUGGCACCCUUUCUAGAUCCACUGCAAAACCAAAAAGGGAGUAAUGAGAUUUGGAGAGCUACUUCUCCCUCUUUACAUCUUCCCUGCAGCAAAUGGAAACAUCUUGGGGGGAUGUCAUCAAAACAGUUUUGAUGGAGUCCCUGGCUUUGAAUAUGAGUCAGACAUAUCAAUGCAUCUUCCAAAAAAGGACAGACGAUGCACUCAUUUUUGGGAGAUCACAGCUGAACGCAUACAGGUUCAAAUUCAGCAAACUGUAAGCCCGUUCUCAGUUGCAUUUCCAGGAAAGGAUCUUAAGUAUCAGAAUGAGAAAGAUCUUUCUCUCAGCAUAAGACUUUGCCAGCAUAGGCAGCUUCAGCUUAGAUGGUCCAAAGGUUUGAUCUUUGACCAAACAAGAUAACUCUAGUUUUCCAUUCCAUUUCAUUUUACCCUUCUCCAUGAUGUAUCUCCCAGGGUUCUUGACAGUAUCUGGGAAAUUGCAGUCCCAACACAUCCAGAGAGUGCCAUGUUGGAGCAGACUGUCCUAUUUUCUCACAGACAGCUAUCCAACAUUAUUUUUAAAGUUUAAUCUGGAUAUAAGGGUGGGUCCCUGCCAAUGAAUGGCUUGGGGCAGUUGGGUGAGGUUCAGAAGCAGGAUGUUUCUGAAAGUGUAUAGCCAGCGCUGCAUUCUCUCUUUCUAAGGUUCAUUGAAUACUUAAACUGAAUAAUCUGUUACAUCUUUCCCUCUAACAUGAUGUCCCCAGAUACUGUUCUUUUUCUCAGAUGCUACUCUUGGUUCCUUGUCCUUUUACAAAACCAUAAGCCCCAAGAUCAAUGUAUGAUAAAGUCAUGGUGGUUGAACUGCUGUUAUUUUGUAAUGUUCAAGUGUCUUCUAAUGUUCAGUUUGUGGUCCUCUCAAUAACCUUUUACCCAAAGUACAUUUAUCACUGCUGGCAGCAAUACACACUUCACAUUUUGUUUCAUUCAUAUUUCUGGGGAAAGCUCUGUUUUUUCCCUGCUUUUUUUGUUAGUUUGUAAGCUCUCAUUUGGGUCACACUCCAGCACGCCAAGGAAAACUGGCUUCUUUUUCACAGAAGGGAAAAACUAGGCUUGGUUGCUUAUAAAGCAAAAACCCACAGAAAACUGUCAUUUGCAUAUGAUAAAUGCUUUCCCAGAGGGAUGGGGGGAAAAAAAACUCCAAAUCCUUUUUCCUAAGCCGGUUUCACAAGAAUCUCAUCAUACUUGGAAAAUAGAAAACAGUGAAUUCUCCACUCCACCACUCAACGACACCAGGGCCAACAGGAGUUGGCCCACAGAGUUCCUCCUCAAUAUGCCUUUCCUCCUGAUGGUGCAAAGAAUGGGGAACGUACUCCUUACGCAACCAAGGUGGGGAGCUGCUGCCCCAUCACCCUUGGCUCUCAUGUGUCUUUCUCCCCCGACUUUUGUUCAAAGUACUUCCCUUCAGCACUAAUGAGAUAAGAAAUGGCACCAGUUCAGUAUCUCCCUUCCAGCCAAGUCAGUGCUGGUUCGUCUGGUUUUUCCCUGUGAAAAUACUUUGCUGCAGGCCAUGGAAAUAGGUUGCUGGAUUUGAUUGGUCCUUUCGCUGGGCAGUGGAGACAGAAUUUGGUCUGGUGGCUGGAGAUCCUGUGCCUAGAGGUAUACAUUCACUGGUCCCUAGCCCAGGAAUGUCUAGUGGCUCCUCAUGAUCUGCAGAGAGGGCAAAACGUAAAGAUUUCCUUAAUGCCCGCUCAGUUUCUGAUGGCUUUACGGACAUGUCCAUGUAGUUUUCUUGGCAACAGUACAGGUGGGAAUUGUCAUUUCUUUCUUGAAGGAUUUUUUUUUACUUCCAGUUGAACGUACAACUAGGGACUUCGCAGUGGUCUAUCAUCCAAGCAUUAAGCUGGACCAACCCUGCUUAGCUUCUCAAGAUCAGCCAUAAACUGUGUUCCUUACAGAUUCCGCUGGGGUUGCAGGAGGCAAGCUGCUUUCAAGUUAAUUUCCCCAAGUUUGCUUUCUGUGGGCCUUCUGCACUUUGUUUUUCUAAAUGGACUUGGUUUCUCUCCCUAAUUGUAAACACUGAGGAAGUUUAUGCUGAGGAAGGGGAGUAGAUUUUGGCCUCUUCUGUUGUCCUUUUUCCCUUGAAGUUCAUCAAGAUCCAUCCAAAAACAGGUGUUCCUGGAAAGAGAUUUCAUUAAAAAAAUGUUUAAACCCCGCACCUUUCACAAUUACAUUACACAAGAUGGUAUUAUGACUCCCACUAGAAACCUGAUUGAAAUGGGAAAUAUAAAACAAAUGGAGCAGGGCCUAUAUAUUCCUGGUCUGUAUCAGCUGCUGCAUUGAUUUAUUUGAUUGAUUGAUUUCCAGGUCUGCCACUUGCCAAGUGACUUACAAGAGCAUUAAAGACCUCAAGUUAAUAAAACUAAAAAAUCAAGAUGAUGAAACAGCUGUGCUAGAGGAAGACAAACCUCAAAGUACAUAAGAUCUCAGAGAGAUGUACCCAUCCCUUUCUUCCUCACUGCCAGGGUAAAGAUUGAGUUGUGAAAGGAGCCCUAAGUAUUAGACCAGCCUUCUGAUGCUCUUCAGAGGGACUGGAAGUACAGUUCCCAGAAUCCCUAUUCAACCUGCUGGCCUGGGAAUUUCAGGUGGCCAACACAUCUGGAAGGCAUUGAGUUGAGGAAGAGGAGUUUAGCCAUAUUUGGGGCUGCAUGUCAGAGCCCCUGGAAAUAGUAAUAUUUCUGCCCCGCAGUUGGCCAAGGAAGCUGCUCAUUGGGGGUGGUGGGAAAGGAGAGGCAUUUUGACAGAAGUUUCCAUACUUUUUAUUCAUCACUGCAUCUCUAAUAUUUCUACUCUGUGACUUCAGUUGCACAAUGAAUGGUGCAAGCAGACCGUCACGUAAGAUUGCCAUCCAAAGAACUCCAAAAUAAAGAGCACGUGGUAAGACUUUAGAAUGAUAUAUUUGCAAGUUAUUUCAAGAAUCCCUGAGUAACAUCCUGAUUAAGUUAAUCAAACCUGAAAUGAAUGGGACAAAUGAGUCAUUAUGACAAAUUUCCUUAUCGGUUUCAGUGUGUGUAACUUAAUCUACUUAACUAUGCCUUCGCAAGCAACAGGUUUGAAAUGAAGUAUUAAAAUAGCAGAGGUAAGUAACAAAUACCCCAAAGUGAUGUUGCAAAUAAAACGUAUCU